UGAUAGAUGAAAGCAGAAUUUCAUUUUCUACGUUGGAGUUUUCAAUGAAUUGUGCAUAUAAACGUGUGAAAAGUGAAAAUAUUUAUAAAAUAUAGCUUUUUUUAAUUAAGUAUUCCAUUCCACGUCCCUACAAACAUUUUCCCGUACGUCCUUUGACCAAACAGAGUCGCAACUAAAUUUUAAGGUGCGCUUUGGACACGCAAUAUGGGAAAUUCUGACUCAAAAUUAAACUUCCGCAAAGCUAUCGUACAGCUCACGCAGAAAAACCAGAAAAUUGAUGACACUGACAAUCAAUUUUGGGACCAGUUUUGGUAUGGACAUCAAACAACGUUAGAAGACGUUUUUGCCUUGGUCACAUCAGCAGAAAUACGAAAUAUUCGUAAUGAUAAUCCGGCCAACUUGGCGACGUUGUGUUACAAGGCCGUUGAGAAGUUGGCCCUGGCAGUAGAUAACAGUUGUCGUACGCAUGUAGAACAGCAGUGUGUGUUAAAUUGUGUGCGUCUAUUAAUACGAAUUCUACCGUAUAUUUUUGAAGAUGAAAAAUGGCGUGAGUUUUUCUGGAGUAGUCUGCCUACGCGAAAUACGGCCACAUCUGCCGAUGCAAUUGAAGUGUUACGUGAAAAUUCGCCACGCCUUACUAGCACACAACCUGUGCCAUUAGCACAAUCUUUAAUCAACGCUUUAUGUGAUUUGUUAUUUUGUCCUGAUUUCACGGUAACCGCUACCCGUCGUGCCGGACCCGAUAAGGCGGAGGAGUUGGCUAAUAUCGAUAGUUGUGAAUAUAUUUGGGAAGCUGGUGUGGGUUUUGCGCAUUCACCACCGAAAAAUGCCAACAUGGAAAAACGACGCACUGAAAUUUUAAAACUUUUACUCACCUGUUUUUCGGAAACCAUCUACAGCUUAACGGAUGAACCUAACAGGUGGAUCGCUUACUUUACCUCAGCCGAUAAUCGACAUGCCCUACCACUCUUCACCUCACUGCUGAAUACUGUGUGUGCUUACGAUCCCGUCGGCUUGGGCGUACCCUAUAAUCAUUUGCUCUUUCAAGAUACCACUGAACCGCUUGUUGAAGCUUGUCUGCAAAUACUUAUUGUAACUUUGGAUCACGACAUGAUAAUACAUCAACAGCAGCAAUUAGAGUUGCGACGCCAAAUGCAAGGUCUUACAACAAACACAACUACACCGCCUGCAGCCAACUCUUACGAUGACGGUUUCGGUGAUAAUUUGUUUAUUAAUUAUUUAUCGCGCGUACACCGUGAUGAGGAUUUCCAUUUCAUACUGAAAGGCAUAACGCGUUUGCUUAACAAUCCACUACUGCAGAAUUACCUACCAAACUCGACAAAACGCCUGCAUUGUCAUCAAGAGUUGCUUAUACUAUUCUGGAAAGUAUGCGAUUUUAACAAGAAAUUCCUGUACUUUGUUUUAAAGAGCUCCGAUGUUUUGGAUAUACUUAUACCAAUAUUGUAUCAUUUGAACUAUUCACGCGCAGAUCAAUCACGCGUCGGCCUCAUGCAUAUAGGUGUUUUUAUACUAUUACUACUCUCAGGUGAACGUAAUUUUGGUGUACGCCUUAAUAAACCUUACACCGCUACCGUACCCAUGGAUAUACCAGUAUUCACUGGCACCCACGCUGAUCUUCUCAUAACGGUUUUCCAUAAGAUUAUAGCCACUGGUCAUCAGCGUUUGCAACCGCUAUUUGACUGCCUGCUCACCAUACUGGUGAAUGUAUCGCCAUAUCUAAAGACAUUGUCAAUGGUCGCUAGCGUUAAACUGUUGCAUUUGUUAGAGGCUUUUAGCACGCCAUGGUUUCUGCUGUCGGCGCCCAAUAACCACCAUUUAGUUUUCUUCUUAUUGGAAAUCUUCAAUAAUAUAAUCCAAUAUCAAUUUGAUGGUAAUUCCAAUUUAGUUUACACAAUCAUACGUAAACGACACGUAUUUCAUGCCAUGGCAAAUUUACCAUCGGAUAUGGCUGGUAUCGCGAAAUGCUUAAGUGGACGUAAGGUCGGUAAGUUCAGCAUACCGCCUGUGCCGCACUCAAAUGCAUCAGCGCAUCUCGCCACAUUGAGUGGUGGUCGUCAAUUAGAUGUCGAUGUUGAUGACGAGGAAUGUGAAUCUGAGACUGAGUCUCACGAUAAACAAAGCGAAGCACAAGGCGAAGGAAAUAUAUUGGCAGCAUUACCCGCUGAACCGGGUACUUUAAAGACGUCUUUGCUGGAAACGCCUGCCAUUAAUCAAAUGACAGAACGCGAGGCUGCUCAUCCAAGCAACGAAGACUCACAAACGCCCACCGUCGAUGGUACCUCAGACAUUACACAGUUCGAGCAAACAGGCAAUCGCACGCCAACUAGUCUAAAUCGUAAUGAUAUUGCGCGUCGCAGCAAUACAUCGCUCAAUUCAACCGAAAGCAAUUCCAUACCGAAGGAGCAUCAAACACGCCUCUCGGUGGCUACACGUGGCAGCAUACGUAUGGUCCCGAAUGCAACGCGUGAUCACUGGACACCUACACCUGAAUGGAUUGUAUCAUGGCGUUCAAAGUUACCUCUGCAAACUAUAAUGCGUUUGCUACAGGUGCUUGUACCGCAGGUGGAGAAGAUAUGUAUCGACAAGGGUUUAACUGAUGAGUCGGAAAUAUUGAAAUUUUUACAACAUGGCACACUGGUAGGUUUGCUACCAGUACCGCACCCAAUACUGAUUAGAAAAUAUCAGGCAAAUGCUGGCACAACCGCCUGGUUUCGUACAUACAUUUGGGGUGUUAUAUAUUUGCGCAAUGUAGGACCGUCUAUAUGGUAUGACACGGAUGUAAAACUUUUCGAAAUUCAGCGGGUAUAAAUUUCAUAAAAAUUGUCUAUUAGUGAACCUCUACAACUAUUUAAAGGUGCAAUUAGCAAAGCAGCUGUUAUUAUUGUUUUGUUUUGUUUAUUUUGCAAUCAUUUAUAAAAUAUGCAUUCCAAAAAUGCUUGAGCUGUAUGGAAGAGCCUAUAGUAAUUAUUAUUUAUUAAUAUUUUAACUAUAUUAUGCCUGAAAGUUUAAAAAAAAAAAUGUCCUUUUAUAUUUUAAGAAAUUAUUUUAAAGCUUUAUAGUGUGUAUUAAGUGUCUAAUUAAAUAAUUCCUUAAAACUAAAGUUUGUAUAUAAGAGAAAAUGACAAUUUCGUUUAAGUUUAAAAUAUUAAUAAGCUGAUAAUAUGAAGAAAAAAGCUCUUCAUAGAAGCUGGCGCUAGAUGCGUUUUUAAUUUAUUUCAUAUAUUUUAUUUGUUUAUUUACUUUUGUUUAAAACAAAGUCAAAGAAUACAAAAAAAAAAAUAAAAUGUUAAUUUAGAAAAAUUAUGUUGGCAAUACGCAUAUUGAAUUUAUACUAUAGUUAAUACAUAUAAAUAUAUAUAUAUAUAUAUAAUGCAAAAUGUAGUUCACGUAUAACCUAUAAAUAACUUAAAAUAUGCAGUUCCCUACUAAACAUAUACGUACAUAUACACUAAAAUAUCUACAAUGCAAAUAAAAAUCCAUACAUAACGAAUAAAUCAAGAUUUUCUGCAAA